AUGCACCACGAAGAGAAUGCUGAUGCCGCUCUCGAUAGAGAAAUCAACAACCUCAUGAUGGACUACUUCAUCACGGAGGGUUACCCUUCAACAGCUCGGAUCUUUGCUGCAGAGUCGAACACACAGCCGGAGGCUGAUUUUGAAGCUAUAAAGGCGAGGGUGGAGAUACGAGAAUGCAUUCACAGAGGAGAUCUACAGACGGCUAUCGAGAAGAUCAAUGAGCUCAAUCCUCAGCUGCUUGAUACAGACGACUCCCUCCAUUUCUCCCUGCUGCGUCUGCAGCUCAUCGAACUUAUCCGAGCCUGCACGUCGAAAACAAGCGGAAACGUAACGAACUCGCCCGAUAUCUCGACUGCCCUCCAAUUUGCUACCACCCACCUAGCCCCUCUAGCACCAACCAACCCAAACUUCCUCGCCGAUCUCGAGCGCACAAUGGCCCUUCUUAUAUUCCCUACAGAUAACCUCGCGCCUCAACUUGCGGAGCUCAUUGACCCUCGAUUACGAAAAUCGGUCGCAAAUAGAGUGAAUGAAGCCAUACUCGGUAGCCAAGGAUCAAGGAGGGAAGCACAGAUCAACAAGCUAUUACACAUGAGAGUGUGGGGAGAAAAAGCCGCAAUAGAAUCAAAGAAGAUUGAUAUCCCUGACGCCGGACUGGGUUUCGGCCUGGACGAGCGACCGGCUGCUGCUGGGAGGGGUCGGACGGAGCAGAAUGGAAAUGGCGUUAUGGGUUCUCAAGCUCCAGCAGAAGGUGAUGGAGACACGGCCAUGAGAGAGGGAAAUGGAGAGGGUGAGAUGAUGGUCUCAUGA